AUGCCCAUCUCUUCCAUCAUACCGCUUGUCUUCUUAUUCAUAACCCCGUGCCCUUCCUGGCUUUCGUCCCCGACAUCUGUUGUGCUUCUACUCUUGACUUCGUCCCAGAUCUGCUUCCCCCAAUCUAUCAGUCAUCCAUUUAUACUGCCUUUUACCUCCUCUUCACCUCGAGCUCUCAAGGCCCCGUCCAUUUACAGUCUUGCAUUGCCGACGGAAGAACAACACACAACAAUCGAUACCAAUACCCACUCUAACAACCCCUUGUCGAGACUAUAA